AUGAUUCAUAAAUAGCUCUUUAAAAAUAAGUAUGAAUUUGCAUACUAUUAGGUAAAAAUCAGAUUUUAAAGAUUGUUCACUUAAUAUUUAUAAGAACCUUUUUUGGCUAAAUUGAAAAUAUCACAGUUAUUUCUUAAUAACCAAUCGAAAAUCUAACUGCUACAAUUAAAAGAUCUAGUGCCAUAAACUCAGCGUACUUUUAGCAGAAUUAUAUAGUCAAAAGUGGUAAAGAGCAAAACAGACUGCUUACUAAUUAAAGCGAAUUUAGAAGCUAAAUGCACAUUCUAAUAAAAUUCUCUCUCAGAUAAUAUAUUAAUAACUUCCAAAAUAGAGAUCCAAUAGUCACACCUCACUCCUAGACGAUACUAAUUCUAUCCUAUAAAACUCAAUAUUCUUUCUCUUAAUAUUCAAUACUGCAAAUCUAAGUCCUUUGCUGAUUUCUAUAAUAAUUUGAAAUAGAACUCACACCGUAACAAAUUUUUUAAUAGAAUAAGAGAAAAACUGAUGCAAUUAAAUCACUAUGAAGGAUCAUCAAUUGGUAACACACUGAAGGAAAUAGAAAAAAACCUUAGAAGUAAUUAUAGCAAGGAAGCCUUUCGAAUCAUUGAUAGGCUCGUAAUCAUGAAACCAGCAAAAAGAGAUGGAGGUUUAAUGAAUUUUUUUCUUGAUGGAAAUGACCUGGUCACUGAUAAUGAAUAAAUUCUUUCAAAUUGCCUAAAUUAACUUGGCAUUUUCUAAACAAUUAAAAAAUAUUCACCAAAAUAACUACCAAAAUUGCAACAAAUCACCCUAGAAGAUUUCAAAUUUACGAAAGAAAAAAUGUCACAAAACAAAGGACUAACCUUUGAUCUAAUUUCUGAUACUUGGAUUAAAUAACAUAGUACAUACAAUUAGAUGUCUGAUUUGUGUUAGCAAUCAACAGCAGAUCUAAUUGAAAAUUUUGGGGAAAACCGAUUGAUUCCACUCAACAAAGCCUUUCCAAACAUUCCUGAAAAAGAUCAAUUUAGACCAAUCAUAGUGUAAAGUCCUAUAAUGAAAAGGCUGGGACCGAAGUUCUUUAAGAAACUCUAAUAAUACUGUUAAAAAAAGAUUAUAAAAGAAUAAUUCGGUUUUGUACAAGGAACUGGAACACAACCACAGAUAUUAAAACUGAUUACAAACAUAUAAUAAUUCAAGAAAAAGAUAAUAGAGUCGUUAUUUUUAUAGACUUCCGUUCAGCUUAUAACUGUGCAAAAAUAGAUGUGUUAUUUAAUUUUCUCAAAGAAAUGGGAGUACUAGACGAAGAUGAAUUAAAUUUCCUACAAAGCCUUAUGA